ACCACUCUCCAGAGGGCUGGAUGGAAAAGAGCCUGACGCUGGACAGCCAAGCCCCCAUGGAGACUCAGCAUGCAGAGGAAGGUCCAGGAUCCGGGAUCUUCAGAGCAGAGCCAGGAGACCCACUGCGGAUGCCCGAGGCCCAGCAGCAACCCAUCUCUCAGGCAGGGCGCUGGUGCACAUGGCGGCACGGCUGGGCGGCGCUGGGAGCCCUGGGGCUGCUGGCUGGUGCGAGCGUCGGCUCCUGGCUUCUAGUGCUGUAUCUGUGGCCAGCGGCCUCUCAGCCCGUGCCCGGGACCUUGCAGGAUGAGGAGAUGACUUGGAACUGCUCAGAGGCCAGCAGUGAGGAAGCCCUGCUUCCCUCGCUUCCCAGAACAGUAUCUUUCAGAAUAAAUGCCGAGGACUACUUGCUGGAAGUACAGGUGAGGGCCCGGCCAGACUGGCUCCUGGUCUGCCACGAGGGCUGGAGCUCUGCCCUGGGGGUACAGAUCUGCCAGAGCCUCGGGCAUCUCAGACUCGUCGACCACAAGGCAGUGAACCUGUCUGACAUCAGGCUCAACAGCUCCCGGGAGUUUGCUCAGCUCUCUCCUAGACUGGGAGGCCUCCCAGAGGAGGUGUGGCAGCCCAGGGACAGCUGUGCUUCUGGUCAAAUCGUUUCCCUCAAAUGCUCUGAGUGUGGGGCCAGGCCCCUGGCUUCCCGGAUAGUGGGCGGGCAGGCGGCGGCUCCCGGGCGCUGGCCCUGGCAGGCCAGCGUGGCCCUGGGCUUCCGGCACACGUGCGGGGGCUCCGUGCUGGCCCCGCACUGGGUGGUGACCGCGGCGCACUGCAUGCACAGUUUCAGGCUGUCGCGCCUGUCCAGCUGGCGGGUCCACACGGGGCUGGUCAGCCACAGCUCGGUCAGGCCGCACCAGGGGGCCGUGGUGGAGCGGAUCAUCGCCCACCCUCUGUACAGCGCCCAGAACCACGACUACGACGUGGCCCUCCUGCAGCUCCGGACUCCACUCCACUUCUCCGACACCGUGGGAGCCGUGUGCCUGCCGGCCAAAGAGAAGGAUUUUCCGAGGGGCUCGCAGUGCUGGGUGUCUGGCUGGGGCCACACUGACCCCAGCCACACCCACAGCUCGGACACGCUCCAGGACACGGUGGUGCCCCUGCUCAGCACCCAGCUCUGCAACAGCUCGUGCGUGUACGGCGGGGCCCUGACGCCCCGCAUGCUGUGUGCCGGCUACCUGGACGGGAGGGCCGAUGCGUGCCAGGGGGAUAGCGGGGGCCCCCUGGUGUGCCUGGACGAGGGUACCUGGCGCCUGGUGGGCGUGGUCAGCUGGGGCCGCGGCUGCGCAGAGCCCAACCACCCCGGGGUCUACGGCAAGGUCGCAGAGUUCCUGGACUGGAUCCAGGACACCGCGCAGGACUGUGCCUAUAGGAUGAAAGCGGCUGUGCAGAAGCCCGUUGUCACCGUCAAGGACAUGUUUGUUCAUGGAGCUUUUUGGUGACAGAAUUAUCAGUGUUAAACUGCCCAGUGCGUUCACUCCCCUCUUCCUGAACAUGCGCCCCUGGGGAUCUCGGGGAGAAUGUUGAUCCCCAGACAUUCUGGGCUUGAACGACAUGAUG